AGAUCGUGGUGCUCGCAGUGCAUCGGCUGCUCCAUCGGCCUGACGUUCGGCGUCGAGCGACCUCCACCUCCGUGUUGUAUACUCAUGCGACGUGCAACAAAAUGCCAAUCAGCCUCCGUACACUGUGUCUCGUGACGCUGGUCUUGUGCAACAUUCACGGCAGUCUUGAACAUGAAAUUCCAAGGAGGAGCUCCCUGUCGCGGCGAGCGAUCGACGGCACCAGAGGGAGGAAGUACUUCGAUCCGGACGAAGAAGGGGUAUUGGACAGUUAUGGUUCUGCCGGCGGCCAGUACGAUUCUUCCGAGGACCCAAUGGACUUCGCGGACAUCAGGAUGAACGUGCCAGGGGAGCCAGGCAUCGAUUAUCCUGCGUACACGACGCUGCCCCAGACGGGAUUCACGUGCGAAGGACGUUCACGAGGCUACUACGCGGAUGAAAUGACCGACUGCCAGGUGUUCCACGUAUGCCACGACGAGCUGGUUUCCUCGUUUCUCUGCCCGAUCGGCUCCCUCUUCAGCCAGAAGCUGCUGACCUGCGACUGGUGGACGAAAGUGGACUGUUCCUCCAGCGGCGAGUACAUCGGAGCGAACAGGGACAGCUACCAGCUGGACGACGACGAGAUGAUCAGGAAUGCGUACGCGAUGGUGAGCCUGCAGUCGGGAACAGACGUCACUAAGGACGGCUUGGUGGACCCUGACCGAACAGGGGCCAUAGUAGACUAUGACUGGUUCGCGGGGAGACUCUUCGACUAUUACCCUUCUGGAGGGACCGGGAACGAUUUGAGAAAUACCUACGAUUAUUCUGGCACCGUGGACUACAACUCUCUUCCGGCUUACCGAACUUCCAGCAAAAAUCAGGAAACGAGUCGGAACUACCAGGAGAGGUUCUCUGGUCGCGAGAAGGUCAGGAAACCUGUGAAGGAUUCACCGAUCAUCCGAGUGCAGAACACCAAGGCUCACGAGGAGCAAAGAACGAGGGGCUACCAAGAUAGCCAUCGAAAGUCUGAGUUUGCCAAUCAGUUCCAGCCCUCUUACGCACCUACCGUGCCCACUGUCACCACCACUACUAGAAGAUUCUACUCUCCGACAGUGCCCACAACUGUCAAGCACUCUACGGUUGCCUACAACAAACUCGACCAGGCCAUAGACAGCUCGGAGUACUACUUCUCGCACAGUGGAACCAAAAGUCUCGUCACACCUUCCAUCAGAAGCUUUGCUCAAGACAGCGGGAGGAGCCCGCAGCUGGCAAGGGCCAAAGUUUACGAAGAUUCGGUUCGGUCGAUACCUCAAAGCGACGACAAUCACGGGGAGAAGUACGAGGACGAUUACGGCGAGGAGAUCGUUGAGGACGAAGGAGGCGGAAGUUCUGCUGGGAGGUUCCAGGUCAAGGUAACCGAUGAUUAUAGAGGGAACGACGAAGAAGGGGUCGACGAUAUAGAAACUAGAGGAAGCAUUGGUCUAGGCCACGCGUUGCGCCAGCCGAUCAGAGGAGUCACGGUGAAACAACACAAUCUUGUGACAGACCAAGUGAAAUCUGGGAAGGCCGCUAAAGAGCAAUCGAAGGAAGGCUAUCAGGACACUUUGGCUAGACCGAAGUCAACCGUUGCCGAUGAUGACGAACAAACCACUGAACCGUACCAAAGAGACGAUCGAAGAGACGACUUGGAACCAUCGACCAUUCCUCCUUUCGUUGAGAGUACUAUAAAAGCGACCACUGUGAACGACACUUCCCGAGAGCCUGAUAAGGAGAAAGGUGUCACGGACAGAAUUGAUAGAUCCGGAGAAUUCUUAAGCAGCAAGGAACCCAGGAACCCAACGGAGCCCACCAGCAAGUUCCAGAUAAAGGUGACCGAUCAGGCUGAGGUGUCUAGUACUCUGCUGAUCAGGGACGCGACCAUCGAUGAUCCUUCUCAUCCCGGAGCAAGAGACUACGUCAGAUCACUGUCACUUCCCAGCGAAAAGUUGGAUUACGAGGAUGUAGAAUCGUUCACGGACUCUAGGAUUCAGGGUCAUUCUUCGACUCCAGCUAGACCCUUGAUUUCUUCUUCUGGCCGGUGGUUUUCAUCGUCCGAUCGCCUGCCAACCAGGAGUCCUCAAUUCGGAAGCUCCUCAGCCUUUGGAGGAGAUGCUCGCGUGAAUGAUACCCAAGAUAAAGGCGUCGGCGAUGUCGAAAAGCUUGAGGAUAACAGAAGUUCCCCCGCGACGCAGAGAAGCUUGGAAGAUGUGGAGAAGAGACUGGGAGAAAUUGAGAACGAGCAGAAAGCGAUCGAAUCGUCGACAGUGAACCUUCUCUUCAGGUCGAUCACGCCAGCGACGUUGAAACAGAUCGAGGAAAACAUAGACAAGACCAGUUCUCCUUAUCAAGUGACGCUAACGGUGAACAAGGACAAGGACCUGGUGUCGAACGAUGACUUGAUCGGCAAGCUGGUCGCUCAACAGGGUAAAGAGGUCACUACUUUGAUCGACAAAGCGGACGAACUCGAGGUCGUGAAGUUCACAGAAACUGAGCCACCGACGACUAUUCAACCAGAAGAUAUCGCUGCGAAGAAUCUGGAUCAAUCUGUAGACUACUACCAGAUCGCCGACGGCAACUUAACGGGCGAGUACAUGGACUCGCUGAAAAAUCUCAGCACCGUCAAUCUAUUUCAGCUGAUGUACGAGCUGCUGAAGGUAAACCGUUAUCCACGACCCUUCUCCUUGGGGAACAUGAUGUUCAGUGAUCAGUCUUCGGGAGCCGAAGGGAUCGCCAAAGAUGUAAAUUCUGGUGUGCAGAAUGAGGAUUAUGGGAAGCUCGAGGAGACUUCCGCAACGGAGAAUCCUGUUCCUUUCAAAGAGAAGACCUUUGAGACUCUCGGAACGGAAAAUCCUGUUCUUUCGAAAGAGAUCUUUGAGUCUCUCAGAACGGAAAAUCCUGUUCCUUCGAAAGAGAUCUUUGAGAUUCACAGAACGGAGAAUCGUGAUCCUUCAAAAGGGAAGAUCUUCGAGACUCUCAGAACGGAAAAUCCUGUUCCUUCGAAAGAAAUCUUUGAGACUCUCAGAACAGAGAAUCGUGAUCCUUUGAAUGAGAAGAUCUUUGAGACUCCCAUAAAGGAAUACGCUAACCCCUCCAAAGAGAAGAUCUUCGAGACAUUUGGAACGGAAAAUCCUGUUCCUUCGAAAGAAAUCUUUGAGACUCUCAGAACAGAGAAUCGUGAUCCUUUGAAUGAGAAGAUCUUUGAGACUCCCAUAAAGGAAUACGCUAACCCCUCCAAAGAGAAGAUCUUCGAGACAUUUGGAACGGAAAAUCCUGUUCCUUCGAAAGAAAUCUUUGAGACUCUCAGAACAGAGAAUCGUGAUCCUUCGAAAGAGAAGUUCUUUAAGGCUCCCAUAAAGGAAUACGCUGUCCUUUCCAAAGAGAAGAUCUUCGAGUCUCCCAUAACGGAAAGAGCUAUUCCUUCAGAAGAGAAGAUCUUUGAGACUCCCGCGUCGGAAACUACUGUUUCUUUGGAAAGAAAGAUUUUUGAGACUCCCACAACGGAAAGCAGCGUUCCCUUGAAAGAGAGGAUUUUGGGGAAACUGUCGCAGAGCUUUGGCAGCCCCCGUUACAGAAACGAAUGGUACGUUGACGUGCCUUUGCCAGAGAGGGCUCUCGACUUCCAAACUGGUCUACCCUUGAAGAGGUCCGAGGUAGACGGAGAGACAAAUAACGAACGUUCAAACACGACUGACAAAUCACUGCCUAAAGCCUCGGUCACGACUACUACGCCAAAACCCACUCUGACAACGGAGUUUCCUAAGGAAAUAGUUCACACGCUGUUUGUACCGUCAAUUGGGUUCUCCUUUGAUACUAACAAAGGACGUAGCGAGUACGUGGAUGCUGUUUUGGGCGGUCUAAUCGAUCCACAAUUUGUCGAGAGUCGGCGAAAGGAGACUUUAGUGGGACUAGAUGGUGAAACAUUAUUCUCCGAGAAUGGGACCUCCGAUGGGGACGCAGAGAAAAUUAAGAGAGGGACGGUGAGCUCGGAGAAAGAGGUUACACGCUUGGAAUAGUUAUAGGGUAUCGGUGAUGAUAAAUAGAUUGCGAAUGUUCAUGCGUUUGUGGAAUUUUGGAAGUAUUUCGUCGUAGUAUUUCGUCGGGUUUAUCAUGGAAAAUGAGUUUGGUUAUUUUCUUAAGAGUUCUAUCAGAUUCCUAAUUAAGUAGACUUCCAUAAAGAGAGUUAUUAUGCACUGACAAGAGAAUAUUCUCGAGUUACACAAGUUGAUUUUGAUAAUGCCAUGUAAGAGAGAUAGUUCCUGGAAAAGUAUUCAACGCGUAUCUUUCUUCCAGCCCUAAACAUUAAGGACUACGAUUAUGUAUUUUAGAUGUUUCUGAAACUUAAGGAAUGUAGGAUAGCAAGUUUUGUUCAAAUUGUGUGUUUUUCUGUUAAGAAUUUAGCAAUUGUAAAGUGAAUAAAAGGAAACUGUUAACGUGAAUCCGAAAGUGGACAAUUUAAAAAGUUAUAAUAUGACUUUAUAUUUAAUGAUAAUACAACUAUUGUUCACACACACAAAUUGUUCUCCAUCGUAAUUUAUUGUUAUCCAAAUGUUUGUCUUAUUGACGUGACGUUAAAAUAAUAUCUUAAUAAACGUGACAUGUACAAGUAUAUUUUACAAAAAAUGUGUGCAAAGAUCGACGCAAAAAUAUGUAUUAAAUAUUUUUCUGGAAACUGUUUUGUGUUCGAAAUCGACUCGCGUAACUCGAAUAUGUUUACUCGUCAGUUUCGGACACUCUCGCGUGUAACAAACGUUUGUAAUUCGCAAUCUACUCACGCGGAUCUGAAUUUAGUUUUAGAACGAAGUCUGUGAUGUGCUUAGACACACGGGAUCGUCCAUUCUUGGUCCCGUUUCCUUUUUGUUAAGUAUGCAAGGUGAAUUGUGGGGAAAGGGGGGAUGACGAUGUUUGAAAAAAAUGUCGACGAUUGUAUUUCAUCUCAAUUGAACGAACAUAAUUCUCGGCUUAGCAAAUCUAGUAAUAAUCGUUCGUUUAUCUUCUGCGUCGUGUCUAUUGAAAACGAAACGACGAUUAACGAGAAAUGAUGAUGAAUACAAAUUUUUGUGAUAGGGUGCAUUGAAAUACAGUUGUCAGGAUUUACGAUUCGAUGCGUUUUUAAAGGCAUUACGAAAACGAUGGAUUUGCAUAGAUGUGUGCGUGUGGUUCUUGUUUAUACAUAAUGUGUGCGAGAGGGAAUGGAAAUUACAGGUGUAAUUAUGAAAUUGUACCUUAUGUAACCCCAUACACUAUGAGUUUUUUUAAAUAUAUCUAUUCGUUGUAAAAAAUA